AUGAGCGCCCAGGGGCAGGAGCACGGACACGCGGUGGUCGUGUGGGAAUGGGAGAAUCGUCACGGACGGUGGAGGCCCUACAGUCCGGCCGUGUCGCAGCAUCUCGAACGGGCCCAUUAUAAGAAGCUCACGCGGGUGUUCCUCAACGAUGCGGAUCCCACCCUCGACAGGUAUUACAUCAACUUGAAGACAAAAACACAAUGCAGCGACGAUGGCGACGAGACACACAAUGUGAGGAGAAAGUUUUAUCUGCCGGGUUCGCCGGCCGGUAAAGGUGCUAAAUGGGAAUGGACAGGUGACUCGGACGAUUGGCAUACUUACGACAUGGAAGUGCAAUGUCUCAUAGAGGAAGCAUGGGCGAGAGGUGACAAAACCAUCGACAUUUCCAAGACUUACUUGGGUUUCCCUUACAUCAUCAACUUCUGCAAUCUGACGCAAGUGAGAUGCUGCACAGGCUACGUAAGGCCGAUAAGACGCAUACAACAGGCGCCCUAUCCGUUGGUCAAAGUCGCGCUGGAGGAAUUGCAAGUCACUUCCGGGCGGAGAUCUGCGUCGGUUACGGUCAAGAAUUCCGCCGUCAAGGUUACGCAUAAGAAGUCAUCUAACGGAAGUACGAAGAAAAACAAUAAGAAAGGUAAAAACGGAGAGACGAACGGACCGACCAACAUCGCGCGCGUUAUUCUCAGUAACUUCAACAUAUUCAGCAGCAAACAUGGCAUCGAGAACAAUCCUGCGGCGACGAACGUGGAGUCCGGUCAGAAGAGGAAGACCUGGGAUACGGUGCUGGACGUCGAUUCCAGCAGCAUCAAAAGCGGUCGCAGGCCAAGCGUGGACACCGUGUCCACGUAUUUGAGUCACGAGAAUCCGGUAGAUUUGCUGGACAGUAGCAUGGGAAGCGACGACGUGUUCAAAGACUCCAUUCUCGGAAUGGACGCCACAUCAGACGUGAUAUCCCAGUAUGUGAAGGUAGUGGAAAGCGACGGCUCCGAUUCAUGUCCGGUGUGCCUAGGCGCUCCGGAGCCACUGACAGUCGAACUGACACGUUGCAGACACAGACUGCACUUGGCGUGUUUAAACGCGAUGCUUAGCUGCCAGCAGCCACCUAUGUACAUACAGUGUCCAGUUUGCCGUAUGAUCUACGGCGAGAAGAGAGGCAAUCAGCCGCCGGGUAUGAUGAACUGGACGCGGAUACCGCGAGCAUUACCGGGCUUCCCGAACACCAAUACCAUACAAAUCACUUAUGAUAUCCCAUCUGGAAUUCAAGGUAACGAGCAUCCGAAUCCGGGCCAGGCGUAUUAUGCUGUGGGCUUUCCCCGGGUGUGCUACCUGCCGGACAAUAAUCUCGGCCGCCGUGUAUUAAGGCUGUUACAAAUCGCGUUUGAGCGCAGACUAAUCUUCACAAUCGGCCGAUCGGUCACUACCGGUCGCGAGGACGUUGUCACGUGGAACGAGAUUCAUCACAAGACCGAGCUCGGACCGUCCACGUCCGGUUAUGGUUAUCCCGACCAUAGUUACCUCGAAAGAACGCUCGCAGAAUUGGCAGCGCAAGGUGUGACCGACGGACAAUCGUCACCGAUAUAUCAACAGUUACAUUGAUUACGAUAACUAAUAUACAGAUAAGGUGCAAAAAAAUUCAUAUAAAAAUGAGUUUACCUAUGUUAAUGUCGAGAGAAGGGAAAGGUUGUCUGCUUGAAAUAUUCAUAAGCUUCAGAAUAUUUCUUGCUAUCGAGCGCAGUCAGUUUUCUUACUUUGUAGGUUGAUUCGUUUUUACAUAGUGUACGAAUUAACACUUAUUAACACUUUGUCAAUUUUUUUGAAAAUUUAUGAAUGGUUCAAAAUAUAAAAGUUUUUUUUUUAUUUUUAUUUGUGUCAGUUUAUUAAAUCUAUAUCGGUAAAGUGUUAAUAUAAACUUACACCUUAGAGAUAAAAACUAGCACGAAGAAAUUGGAAAUGUAUAUUUUAAAACGUUUUUAUUCCGUGCUAGGCAAGGAACUGAUAGAUAUAUCGUAGAAAACUGACAUGAGUCUUAGAUUUUUAUAUAUACAUUUAUCUAUACUGAAGAGUAUUUUAUUACAACUAAAAAUGGGAGAAAUCGAACGACAGUAUUACGUUUAUUUUAUAGAUCUUAGUUUUAUAGAACAUUCUUACAUUUUAUAGAAAAAAAAUAUAUAUCUUUUAUGAGAAACUUGCCAAGAAAUACUAAAAUUUCAUUAUGUCUUUUGUGUAAUAACUAGAAAAAUGCAAUUAUAUAAUAACGGAUAUGAAAUAAUACUUUUUUUACUACUUAAGUUACGUUAAUUGGAAGUAUAACAUAAUUAUUCUUGAAAAAAUAAGAUAAAAAUUAUUGUUAUCACACAUUCCAGAUUCUAUUUUCAAAAUUAGUACUAUGUAUACUAGUUAUAGUGCGAAUUAUAUUUGUAAUCUCAGAUAUAAAACAUAUUUCUAAAUAAUCAAGCAUGUUGUCUAAUAAUUAUAUUAGAAAAAUAAUUAUAUUAAAAAUUAUAUUAAAAAUUAUAUUAAAAAUAAAAGAGUUUUGCCAGUGAUUUUAAUACAACGUUGCGCAUUUGUAAGAGAAAGAGCAUAAUUUUUAAUUAGUGCUUAAGGACAAUUUAAAGAAAUAAAAUUAUCUCAUAUUA